GUGAAACUGCCGUGAUAGAUGUUCGAAUUUUAGCACGGGCCGCUGAAGUUGUUUAAAAUUAAAAUAAUUACAAAAGAAAGAAUAAUCCGAUGGCAAUUGAACAAACCCUUCUCCCGUCAUCUCCUUUCUCUGCGCUCGAAUCCCCUCUCUUGGGCUCAAAGUCUGCUAAAUAUGUCGAUCUCCUUACUCCGCUUCAACAUUAUGUCUUGUUAUUAUACUAUUACUUAGCAUUCUUGCAAAAAUCAUAGUUAUCUAUCAAUGGUCAUGUAUCAAGCAGAUUAUAGGCAGAAAAGAACAUAAAUGUAUUAUGUAUGAUUGAUACUUGAGAAGAUGGAUGAAUAGGAAGUUAAAAUAACUGCUUUUGAAAUUCUAUAUAUUUUAUGAGGAGCAUUGAUGCCUUGAUGAAACAGAUAUUGCCGGUGUGGGAUUGACAGGGUCCAAGACAAUCCUUUGGUGGUAGUGAAUCAUUUUCAGGAUUAAAAAUGAUUGUUGGUCUGUCUAUUAAAAAUGUCUAUUGAUUUUCAGGAAAUCUUUCUGCAUAUUGUUUUGUGGAAGAAAUUGAGAUGGAUAAUGAAGAGGCUCUAUAAUAAUAUUAGUGGUCUUUAACGAGAGCACUUCCUGCAGAGAUACAAGAAGAGCCACUUUCAGCAGGUCUUUAACAAGAGCAUCAUUUUAUAGGGAUAUAAGAAUAACAACUUUCAGCAGAUCUUUGAGAACCAUUCAAUUGUAUUUAGACUUUAAGUUUUCUUCAUGUAGAGAUAUACAUGCGAUUUUCCUUCUAGCCUCUACGUAGAUGUGUAGAUGUGUAUAUGUGUUUUGAUAUUCUAAAUACUUUGUCUGCAAAUAUUUUUUUGUAUUCAGUUUGGUAAAUGUGUUUGAAUAUUCAGACCUUUUGGGAAACCACCGGUGGUUAUUUAAAAUAACCAACAUAGUGCAUGUAUAUUUUUUUUCUAAAAAAGCUACGUCUAACGAUAGUUUUUUGAGAGAACUGACGUAAUAUGUAUUUUUUUUUAUUUUUUUGAAAUUAUAUUCAACGUCGGUUUUGUUAAAUAACCGAUGUAACAUGUAUUUAUUUUAUUUUUUUCGAAAAUAUAUGUAACGUCGUCUUUUUACAAAACCGACGUGGAAAGUAACUUUUUACGUCGGUUUUAUAACCGACGUUAUAGGGUGUAACCUAUAAUGUCUCUCACUUACACGUUGGUUCUGGAACCGACGUUAAAAGUAUAAAAUAACGGACAUUAUAUGUUUCUUGUCUCAUAGUGCAUAAUUUAGCUUCUAUCAAAUUGAAUGUUGAAUAACGUGCUUUCAGUUUUUGAGCAAUUCUUGGGAAAGGUUUAUAAUGUGCUUUCAUUUUUUGAGCUAAUAAGUUGAAUUGUGUUGAACAACCAGCACAGAUAGAGUGCGGAAGGCGACGAGGAUCGGAAUUUAAGGUGCGGACAAAGAGGACACAGUCGACACGAAACUGGUGACGCGCAGGAAGUAGGAGAGAGCUAGGGUUCCCGGGGAAUCAUCGUUGGUUUUCCGGCGAGGGGAACAUUACUGCCCUCUCUUCCGGUCUUCGCCAACGACCGCCAUACAUAAACUUGGAGACCCAAUUUCCCGCUGAUUGCCAAUAAUAGUUCAUUCCAAAGGAAUUUCUGCAAAUCCGGAUAAGAUCGGGAAAUAUAUUAGAUGCGUUAAUGGAAAGGAAUAGUUUGGAGGAACAAUGGGAAGAAAGAAAUUGAAUCUCUUUAACUUCUGAUUGUAGUUGUACAUGGCGAAUCCCGAUUCUCAAUGCCGUUGUGUUUUUGUUGGAAAUAUACCUUAUGAUGCUACUGAAGAACAGCUAGUUCAAAUCUGUGAGGUGGUUGGCCCUGUUGUUUCCUUCAGAUUAGUAACUGACAGAGAAACUGGAAAACCCAAGGGUUAUGGAUUUUGUGAAUACAAGGAUGAGGAAACUGCCCUCAGUGCUCGCCGUAAUCUGCAGGGAUAUGAGAUUAAUGGUCGCCAGUUAAGAGUUGAUUUUGCUGAGAAUGAUAAAAAUGCUGACAAAAACCGUGAACAAGGUCGUGGUGGACCUGGUGCAGCUGCUGAUCCUCAAAGACAUUUAGGGGGGCCAUCCGCUAUUGGAAAUUCAAGUUUACACCAGCCAAUUGGACACCCGAUAGCUACAAGUGCUGCCACCGUCAUGGCUGGAGCUCUUGGAGCGGCUCAAUUGGGGCAGACAGGCUUACAGAUUCAGUUUGGAUCUGGCAUUGAUCCUUUAUACCUUUCUAAAAUGUCAAGGAGUCAGCUGUAUGAAAUAAUUUCUGAUAUGAAGGCUAUAGCAACACGAAACAAGGAACAUGCCCGUCAACUAUUACAUACAAUUCCUAACUUGCCUAAAGCAAUUUUCCAGGCACAACUAAUGCUUGGACUGGUUUCUCCUCAAAUGUUACAGGUGCCUAAUAUUCGGCCAUCAUCUGUUCCUCCACCGCAGUCUGUGUUGCCUGACAAUCAUCACAACCAACAACUAGCAAUUCAAAUGCUUCCCGGGGCUGCCCCCCCUCUCCACGGUUCUCACGUCCAACACCCACAGUUGACUGAAAACAACAAUUUGCUACAUGGGAGAUUGCCAGCACAUAUUCGCGCUCAGGGUAAUUUGACUGCUAUCCCUCAGAUUCAGGGUGACACAUCCUCUUUGAAGCAGCAAAUGCGACAUCCUUUGUUGCCUACUCGUCCUGCUAAUUUAGUCUUUACUAGCCAACCUGCUGCACCUAAUGCUGCAUUUCAACCUUCUUCAUUAGCACAUCCACCACCUACUGAAAAAGUUUUUCAGCCAGGUUCCUCGGUAUUGUCUGCUACUCCUGACAACAUUAAUAAGCGUCCUCUUGACACCCAAUCUGGUAAGAGUUCUGUUUGGCUCAAGAAACCAAUUCAAACUUCAGGGUUUCCGGAGAGAGCUGGAAUGCUAAAUGACAGUACGGAUGCGAUGAAUCACCCAUCAAAGUUGUCAAAACUAAAUGAUGGAAGGAGUUCCUAUCCAUCAGGAGAAUCAAAUGUGGAUAAUUUGGUAACCAGACCUUCAAGGAUAGCUAGCGUAUCUGGAAAACAUAUUUCCAGAACAGAAGAGGCUUCAAGCUCUGAGAAACAUCCUCCUCUUCAGCUGACCCCAGAUGUGGAGUCAACCUUAUUGCAACAAGUGAUGAGUCUGACUCCAGAACAGUUAAGUUCAUUGCCCCCGGAUCAGCGAGAGCAAGUCCUUCAGCUACAACAGAUGCUUAGGCAGCCAGCGUAGGUUGUGUAUGAUUAGAGACAUUUUACUCCCAAUGGCCUUUGUUGGUGUGGUCUCACCCUAACAUUUUUUUCACAAAGGCAGUGAGUGGUCUUAAGCAGCCGCAAUGAAGAAAAGCCUUCUCAAAUAACCCGAAGCAGUAAUGGCUGGCUACACAUAUGCAUUGGUUCGGGCUAACAUUCUUAGGCGUGCAGCUAUCUGUGAAAUCAUAUUUUUCCCUUGAUGUAAAUUUAUUUGUUUAAACUUUCAAAGAUUAGCAUAGGAUAAUUGCUAGAGAGAAAUUCUCUUCAUGUAACUAUGUAUAAACCAUGCCUCUAAUGAAUAGCAAUGAUACAAAUUAAAAAAAAAUGUUGAACAGAG